AUGGCGCCGCCGCCGCCCGUGCACCAGCGCAAGUGGUUCUGCAAGCACUGCGUGCACGAGCGCACUGGGAAGCCAUUCCUCAACUUCGCCGAGAACAAGCAGUGCCACCAGUGCAAGCGCUCGAAGGGCCAGUGCUUCAACGGCUACGUGGCGCUCAAGGAGCCGUCGACGUCCACGCGUCAGCGGACUGGUUCGGGCAACGGGUCCGAGCCGCCGUGGUCGUCGGCCGAGGUGCAGAAGCUCUCGGCCCAGGUCAAGCAGCUGCAAGAGCAGCUCAAGCAGGCCCGCAAGCCGCCGGACACCGUCAUCAUCGACGCGGACGGCGAGGGGGCGCCCGACUUGCGGGCCACUCGGGUCCGCCUCGCCGAGGUCGAGAAGGAACUGGCUGCCGCCAGGAGCUUCUCGGGGGCCGCGUGGGAGAGCCUGGCCAAACAGCUGGCGACUGAGCAAUCGCAGCUGCAACAGGAGCUGCUGGCGGCCAGGCCUCAGAGCCAGCAGAUGCGCAUCCUCCUUCGCCAGAUUGAGGGGGCCGAGCGAGGCCUUCAGAAAAGCCGCGAUUCUCUCGAAGCCUCGCAGCGGAAGGUCGUGGAGAUGCAGGCGGCCAUCCAGAAGGAGAAGGCUGCCAUCGUGCAGCAGGAGGCCGAGUUGGCGGACUUCCGGCGUCAGCAGGUGCUGCUGGUGGCCGCGUCGCCGCAGCCCGCGUCAAUGGAUGAGUGCCCGACGCCUCCCCAGGCAGUCUCCGUCCUUCAGCUUGACACGGACAAGCUUGCGGCGGUGCUUGUCGGGCUCGGCGUCCAGGUGCCUGACCAGACCUCCAUGGUGCAGAGUCUGGCGCAGCAACUGCCCCAGUGCACGGCCCAGCAGAUGGUGCAGCUGAUGCGGCAGCGGCUCGCCGAGGCUGGGGUCCAGGUCCCCGAGUCCGACGAGGGCGUGCAGCUGGCCUUUGAGAGGUUCAGGGCCGCUGCGGUUACGACCAUCUUGAUGCGCCUCGUCGUCAUGAUGGCUACGGUCUUUCCGAUUCUCGGCAGCAGCCCAGCGGCUGCGAGCACCUUCCCAGCAGUUGACGGUGCACCAGAUCAGAUGGCGCGCAGUCUGAUGGGCUCUGCCGCGUCGUCGCCGUUUGUCUACUUCGUGCGCCGCUCUGACCUGCAGGUGGUCGGGCUCGAUCGGAGCCCCGACGUCAGCUGGGUGUGGCUGCACGGCUCCUGGUGCUCGGCGGCGGCUUGCCCGGCAGCCCCGCCGGAAGCGGCCCGCCGGGCGGCCUUGGCAGUGCUGCCCGGCGGCUCUGGCGGCCUCCCCAGCGAGCCGGAGCGCCCUCGGGAGCCGCCGUCGUCCUCGGCAGCAGGAUUCUGGUCCGGAGGAGGGGCCUUGCCAGCACCUCCUGGCUACCAGAUGAUUCCCAUCGAGAUCAGCGACGACGAGGUUUCGUGCGUCGCGCUUGCCGAUGGGGAGGCGCAUGAGGCACGCAUGGCCCGUCGCGCAAGGCGCCAUGCCCGCCCAGCAGCGGAAGGCCAGGGCAGGCGCCGCGCCGCCCCUGCCAGCCCGCCGGGGGCGCUGCCGGCGCCGUGCGAGCCCGCCAGGGGCGCUGCCGAAGCCGCUGCUGGCGCUGCCGCGGCCGCGCGGCGCCCCGCCGAGCCCUGUGCAGGCGCCCCCGGAGGCGGCGCCGCGGCCGGUGACCUUCUCGGCGCUGCCGAGGGGCCUCCAGGGUCACCGAGAGCCGGCGUGCUGCCGGGCGCUGGGCCUGGGCCCGGGCGCGCAGAGGCGCCCGCCAGGGCGCGGGCUGUGUCUGCGGCGGCGCCUGCGGCCCCCGGAGCGGUGGCGGUCAAGGCGUCGGUCCCCGCUCCCCCAUCGCAGCUGGAUGGAAGCGCCGCUUCGGCGGCCCCGUUGCUGCUGGAGCUGGACUCGUCGGUGCCAGCUACUCGGCCCCUGUCGCUGGACGCCCUGACCGUCGGCACAGUCAAUGGCGACACUUGGGCGGGGGCCAGGGCGGUGGGGGAAUGGCUGCAGGCCAGAGGGCGGCGGCCCGACAUCUUGUUCGUCCAGGAGACCAGGUUUUUCGACGCGGAGGCCGUCGGCUCCGCUCACCAAUGGUGCGCCAGGCAGGGUAUGCAGCUCGCCCAGGGGCCUGUUCAGCGCACUGGGGCUGGCCGCAUGGCGGUCUCAGGCGGAGUCGGCAUUGCGGACCCUCGGAGGGCGUUUUGCCUGCCCAAGACGAGGGGGGCCUUCCUGAAGCUGCAGGCGCCGGCUGAGGCUCUUGAGGCCGAGACGGCCGAGCUAGCGGAGCCGCUGCUCGACCUAGGUAUGGCGUGCAGCAGGUGGUUCGAUUUGGCCGAGCGGCAUUUGGUGAAGAAGCUGGAAGUCGACUCUGCCAGCAUACGGCACUACUUGGGCCGCGGCAGAGGCAUCAAGAUGGUGCAGCGGCCGCUCAGCGAGCUGCACGUGGCCAGGCAGAGGAAGCUCGACACCUCGGGCACCGAGGCCUGGGUGCUGCACGACCGGCUUGUCGAGCAGGCCUCGGCGCUCGAGCUGCCGCCGGCGAUCUCCGAGGCACCAGCCUUGGUCCGCGGCACCCGCUUGCAAUGGCUUGGGCUGGCCAGCCGGGACGGCCCGCUGGCCAACUGGUUCGACGGGCUGCUUGAUGAUGAAGUUGGACAGCGGCGCAGGGCUGACGCAGCGCAGCGGGCCAAAGAUUGGCGCGCAUUCUGCGCGGAGUCAUUGGACGGCCCUGGCCGAGUGGCCCAUCGCCUCAUCAAGCAGAAGCGCGGCGAAUCGCAGGCGGUUGAGGAGCCCGGCGACCCUCGACAUUUGCCGCAAGUCGGCUCGGCGGCGGCGGAGGCCAUCUUAAACGAGUGGCUCAGCUUGUGGAUCAAACCGACCUUCUGGCUGCCAGAGCGUCUGAGGGAGUUGUUCUCCAGGGCGGUUUUCCCUGACCCCUCGGCCUGGUUCGGGCGCAAGGCCCCCGACCCCACCUCAUGUUACAUGCAUCGCUUUAAUUGGCCGGCCGAUGGACUGAUGAUCGGGUCUGGCAUGCAUGUUUUCACCGACGGCUCGGCCUUCGAGGGCCAUCUGCCGUCCCUGGGAGUGGCGGGAUGGGCGGUCGUGGUUACGGACGGGGAGGGGGUCGUCCAGUCGUACAUCUGGGGGGUAGUGCCAUUUUCGGAGGCACCCCUCCAGGCUGCGAGAGACGGCGAGGACUUCGCCGUCCUCCAGCUGGUGCUCAAUGCUGUGCUGUGCCCAGGCUCCAGCCUGCACAUUGAUUGUGCGGGCACGGUGGAUUGCGCUAGGGAUCCGAGGUCGGCCGCAGGGCCGGACAGCAUGAGGGCCCACUGGUGGGCACAGGUCACCGACAUGCUGCUGCGCGCGUGGAAGCUCAUGGAGGAGUCCCCUUCGGCCUCCUGGGGGGCGGCGCUGAAGUCCGCGCUCCGCGCCUCGGGGCACUCCGACUUCGGGCUCCUCUCGUGCGGGGUGGCCCUCGGCAGCGGCGCCCACGGCGACAGGGUGGUCGACGCGGCCCAGCCGCCCGGGGUCGCCGAGCAGAUCAAGCAGGAGGUGCGCCGGGCCUCGGAGUCCGCUUGGGUGGACCGGCUGCGUGGCGAGGCCUCCAAGCAGCGCCAGGCGCAUGACAGCCAGACCGCGUCCAACAUCGAGCGCAGCAAGGCGUGGGCGAAGAAGACCUCGGAGUGGAAGGACAUGUGGGCCCAGCGCGUGCGCGAGCUGCAGCAGGAGAACGGCUACAACGCCACCGAGGCGGCAGCGGAGCGGCGCAGGCUCCGGGUCGAGCGGAAGAAGCAGAGCCAGGUCCACAAGAAGCGCGUCCGCUACCUGCCCGCGGAGGAGGUUGUGAAGGUGCAGGCCAAGGAGGACAAGUGGAACGCCGAGGUGGCCAGGCAGAAGGCCGACGACUUGGAGAAGGCGGAGGCACGCCGCGAGGCGUUCAAGCGCCAGGUGGAGGAGGCCCAGAGGAUCAUCCAGUCGGGGCUGCAGAGUGAGGAGGAGGCGCCCCAGAGCGAGGAGGAGGCGUCCGUGGCGUGAGAUUUUCCGCGCGCCUCGGCGUCCGAGGGGGCCCGGCGCUGCCGUCAGAGGCAACGACGGUCGGGGGGGUGAUGAUGACCUUCGAAACCAAGUGAUCGGCGCAGAACAAUGGGUUAAAUUGCGCGGACAUUCCCGAGCAAGCUGGCUGCGUAAGGUCACGCGUGAGCGUCCUCGUUUCCUCUGUAGCGUGCCGCGCUGGCAGCCCGCGUCAGCCACCGUGGAAAGUCGCUGCGUCAUCGUGCGUGAGACCCGCUUCUCCGUCGCCCAAAUCUGCUUAUCCCUCACAUGAUUCGGCGGAUUUGGCUAUUUCUGUCGUAGGCCAGCAGCGGCGCGUCCUCUCGGUUCGUCGCCAGCCGAGGCCGAGCAAACAACUGCAACGCAGCAAACUUUGACAUCGGGAGGCGCUGUCGGCCUCCUCGAGGACGACCACUGUGCAAGA